AGCCCCGGUUUGGCCUGGGGUUCCGUCGUGGGGGAUGUCCCGCGGGAGUGAGUGUGGAAAUCCUGGGGCCGGCGGCUUUGAGUCCUCACCACCCUUCUAGCCGCAACCUCCGGCGAGGAUACGCCGGCGAGCGCGGGAGGCAGGCAGGCGGGCCGCCCAAGGACAGCGCGAGCGGACAGGCGGCUGCGGGGCCGGAGCGAGCUGUGUUUGGGGUCCUCCGAGGCCGGUGGUGGUGCCGCCGCUAUCCCCGAGGCCAUGGUGCAGGCGGAGCUCUGGGCGAUCCCCAGGUGAGGGCAGCAGCUCAGCCCGGCUCCCGGGGGCUCCACUGCGGAAGCACUGGGUGGAUGCGGGGUGCGGAAGAGAGGAUGCUGCCCGCACUGCUCCCCGGUAGCACCCUGAGCGGCCGCAGUUGCGGCGGCGGCAGCAGCAGCAGUAGCAGAAAGCACAGCGCAGGCCAAGGAGGCGACUGGAGCUGCUGGUGAAGUGGCCUAAUAGCUCUUUCUCCGUAGUAUGCAAGUUGAGAAAACAGCCAAAGAACAGGGCUCCCCAUCAUUAUCUCCUUCGAGCUCUUUUUCCUUGCCACGCGGAGCUGACCUAUGCGGAAACAUGCCUUGCACUUGCACCUGGAGGAACUGGAGACAGUGGAUUCGCCCUUUGGCGGUGGUCGUCUACCUGGUGUCCAUAGUGGUCGCCGUUCCCCUGUGCGUGUGGGAGUUACAGAAACUGGAGGUUGGGAUACACACCAAGGCGUGGUUUAUCGCUGGGAUCUUUUUGCUGUUGACUAUACCUAUCUCGCUCUGGGUGAUACUGCAGCACUUAGUGCACUACACGCAACCCGAGCUACAGAAACCAAUUAUAAGGAUUCUUUGGAUGGUACCCAUAUACAGUUUAGAUAGUUGGAUAGCUUUGAAAUAUCCUAGCAUCGCAAUAUAUGUGGAUACUUGCAGAGAAUGUUAUGAAGCUUAUGUCAUUUACAACUUUAUGGUAUUCCUUACCAAUUACCUGACAAACCGGUAUCCAAAUCUGGUAUUAAUACUUGAAGCCAAAGAUCAGCAGAAACAUUUCCCACCUUUAUGUUGCUGUCCACCCUGGACUAUGGGAGAAGUAUUGUUGUUUAGGUGCAAGCUGGGUGUGUUGCAGUAUACAGUCGUCAGACCGUUCACCACCAUCGUCGCUUUAAUCUGUGAGCUGCUUGGUGUAUAUGACGAAGGGAACUUUAGUUUUUCUAAUGCUUGGACUUACUUGGUUAUAAUAAAUAAUAUGUCACAAUUGUUUGCAAUGUAUUGUCUCCUGCUGUUUUAUAAAGUACUGAAGGAAGAACUGAGUCCAAUCCAACCUGUUGGCAAAUUUCUUUGUGUAAAGCUAGUGGUUUUUGUUUCUUUUUGGCAAGCAGUAGUUAUUGCUUUGUUGGUAAAAGUUGGCGUUAUUUCUGAAAAGCAUACGUGGGAAUGGCAAACUGUCGAAGCUGUAGCUACAGGACUCCAGGACUUCAUCAUCUGCAUCGAGAUGUUCCUCGCCGCCAUUGCUCACCACUACACGUUCUCAUAUAAACCUUACGUUCAGGAAGCAGAAGAGGGCUCGUGCUUCGAUUCCUUCCUUGCCAUGUGGGAUGUUUCUGAUAUCAGAGAUGAUAUUUCUGAACAAGUAAGACAUGUUGGAAGGACAGUCAUGGGACAUCCUAGGAAAAAGUUUUUUCCUGAGGAUCAAGAUCAAAACGAACACACAAGCUUGUUAUCAUCGUCAUCACAGGACGCAAUUUCUGUUGCUUCUUCUGUGCCACCUUCGCCUGCGGGUCACUACCAAGGGUUUGGGCACACCGUGACACCCCAGACCACCCCAACUACGGCUAAGACAAGUGAGGGGAUGUUUAAUGAUGCUACAGAGGAGAAAAAAGAGCAUUCAGAUAAAUCAGUGUCCUCCUGAACGGCGUGCGGAAGCAAACUGUGCUGCCACAUUAGUUUCUUACCUGGCGUCCCAUUGCUCAGGAGUGUGCGCUUGGGAGAAGCCAUGAAUGAUGGGAAUUUCCCCACAAAGAUAGGCAGAACCAGGUACAGCUGCUGGGUUUCUAUAGGUUUUGUAUAUCACAAAUAAUAGGUCUAAAUAUCCUAGACUUAGACUUGAUUUCUUAACACUAGAGUAUCACAUACUCAAAUGACGGGAGGUGACUCUACUAAAUGUUCCUGAUGCUACAUUGCUUUAUCAAGAGGAUGAACAUUUUUAAAAAAUCAAUGCUUCCUAGCACUGCUGCAUGAAUAUAAUGCUCUGGAAUUAGCAGAAAGUAAUUCAGAAAUAUCAAUUAGUGGAACGUAAUCAUAAUCAUGUGCCAUAUAUGCAUACCUAAGGAUUAUUUCUCUAUUUCUCAACUGGAUGUCUUUCAAUAAAUUAGAAUUUAUCAUUUA